AGAACGCAAAAGUUUCCUCGCUGCAGUUUAGUUUGUGAACAUUCAUCGCCGCCUUUCUGGCUUAUCUUGUACGAGCAAAACAUAAGUACCGGAAGCAACAAACGUACCCGACAAUGCCGAUUCUAUACAGUGUGAUUGCCCGAGGGCAAACGGUGCUGGCUAAAUAUGCGGAGUGUGUUGGAAACUUUACCGAGGUAACCGAGCAGGUGAUUGCUCGGGUUGAAAGCCAGAACCAUAAGCUCACUUAUCUGCACGGCAACUACCUAAUACACUACAUCUGGGAAAACCAGCUCAUCUAUAUGUGCAUCACGGACGACACAUUCGAGCGCUCGCGGGCGUUCCUAUUUCUACAGGAAAUCAAACAACAAUUCAACAUGAAGUACGGCCUCACUGUAGCUACCGCGAUCGAAUACGCAAUGAAUACGGAGUUUUCGCGUACCCUUGCGUCGCUGAUGCAGCGCUACAGCGAGGGAAACCACAACGAUGCGAUCGGGCGCGUGAACGACCAGAUCGGCGAACUGCGGGACAUUAUGGUGAAGAACAUUGAGCAUGUGACCAACCGGGGAGAACGCCUGGAGCUGCUGAUUAAUCAGACCGAAAAUCUGCGGAACAAUUCCGUGUCGUUUCGACAAACGUCGCGAAGUCUCGCGCGCGCCAUGUUCUGGCGUAGUGUCCGUCUUUAUUUGCUGAUUGGUGGCAUUUUGAUGUUUGUAAUAUAUGUCAUCAUCAGUAUGGCAUGUGGGGGGCUGCUGUGGCAAACGUGUCUCGGGUCCUCCACAGAACCUGCCAACUGAGCGCGGGGAUACAUAGAACGGAUAGAGCCGUAUCAAGAAGCAACUUAAAGUUUUGCACUUAAGUUGAUGCACUCUCAACUGUCAGGGUUCGAACGUCGACGUCUUUUUCGCAAGAAUCCGAUGCAUCGAUACAGCGCAGACGGACGGACGAGCCACUAAUAAUAAUGAUAGGCGAGUAAUAAUACAGAAUAGGAUUAGGAACAGGAUCCGAAGGAGCGAAUACGCCUAUACACAUACGUUCGGGAAGCGGAUGCGGAUAAUAUAUAUAUACACAUAUAUCUUUCAAGGAAACCCAAGGAGUUACUCAGAAUGAUGCUUUUUCUGUUAUGUUUUGGUCGUGUUGUGGAGUCCCCAUUAGCACAUGUACAUAACAUAUACAUCCAAACAUUGUGAUCUAUUAUACCUCUCUGUGCAUAAAAUAAAACGAUUU